AUGUCGAGCUCGUCGUCGCUUCUGUUCUCCGACCUGCACACCGCCAUGUCGUCCUACUCUAUGUCUUCAGGAAGUCGACCAUAUGCUCCUAGGCAGUCGAGCUUCUCUACCUCGUCCACCUACUCGCGCGACAGCUGGUGCUCCGUCGCCGACUCUGACGUUUCCAUCAGCUCCACCACCACUCACGGCCACGCCUCGAACGAACAGGAAGCGUUCGAUCACAUGAUGAAGAACAACAUCACCAACAACGCCAUCUUUGGCUCCACCUCGCCGCGCAAGAGCAAGUCGUACGGCAUGCGAUCGUCCACCGACUCGGCGCGCUCUUGGACGUCGUCGUCGACCUCGUCGGUGCGCUCUCCGCUGACGCCCAGCAUGCCGCUCUUCUCGCACCCGGAGCACGAUGUGACCAAGACGCCGACUCUUCCUACCAUCGCACUGCCCAUGCAGCCCAAGGUGAGGAAGCCGCAUCUAGUACGUCUCGUAUCGGACGAGGUGCAGUACAUUGGGCGCUCGCUCGACGUACCUGUCUCUGAAGAGGGUCACUUGGAGCGUGUCGUAGUGCCCAGGACGCCGUCCAUCGCCUCGUCUCGCCGUCCCUCUGCGCCAAGUAUGCGCUUCAGCACCUGGAGCGGCAAGGACGGCCUCAAGCUCGCCAUGGACGAGCUGGAGGAGGAGCUCGCACGCACCAUGGUGACUCUCUCGACCAACACAACGCCCAACACGAGCAUCUCGCGCGCACGUGGCAAGUCGUCGAGGCGACCUCGCACCGCCGAGUCCAAGCCGACGGUGAAUGCAUCGCAAAGCAUGCCGAUGAGCCUCGCUGAGCUGGCGGGGUCGAUGAGCGCUGCUUCGGCUUCCGAUGCACACUUCCAGCGCGAGUCGUGGAUGUCGUCGACCAGCAACGAGGACCGCAGCCUCGGCGGCAUCCCCAUCCGCUUCUCGGCGUCGGAUCUCGACGAGUCGGCAGAGAUGCUAAAGCAGUUGGACGCCGAGCUGGCAAGACCGAUCUCACGCGGGUCGGUGGCAUCGAGCACCUCGAGCCGCGCUUCCCGCAACAGCCCGGGUGUGCCGGCGCUCGUGUUCGAUGGGCGCUUGUCGGGCUCCUCCAAGUCUUCCUCGGGCGAGGAAGCCCCGGCCAGCCCAGACAGCUUUGUGACCGCCGAGAACGGUCACUUUGCUCUCUCGUCUGCUAAGCCGAUGCUCUCCCGCCGACCCACCAUCGCUCGCUCCUCGUCUAAGCAGGGAGGCGGACUGUAUCAGCUGUCCAAGGGGGCACGUUCAACGCCGUCGCUCGCCUCGAGCGCUCCGCCUCGCGACCCACUGCCGCCGCUGCCCAGCAUGCCUGCCGGUCUCAACCUCCUCUUUGGUGGCGCAUCUCUCGCCCCUCCUCGUCCAUCGAAAUCAUCCGCACGAUCCUCCAUCUCGUCCGGGCGCACAAGCCCUGUCCCUUUCACCCACAAGCCUCUGCCCCCUCUGCCGUGCUAA